CGUCCUCAGAAUCGGAUAUAGACAUCAAGGUUGCCACAAAUGUCCCUGUAACCUCUGCUAACAUCCCCACAACCCCUCAAUCCACUAUGGACACUAAAGUACCGGAGACCAUGGAAACGAGUUCUCAAAGUCCUGAUGAAACUUUUGAAGCCCUUCCCAUUUCCUCUAAAGAUACUGUUGACAGUGUGGAAACAAAAGCAAUUAAGUGAACACUUAGAGUACCAGGUGUUGAUGAGUGUAGACAGGGAUUCCUGUCCACAGGGCUUUAGCUCAGUUCCUCCUCCUCCUCCAUCACCUGUCGCUAACCCCACUCAUCCUUGUUCUAGCUUAGCAGCUUGCAUGCCCUCUCAUAGUGACUUGUUUACACUGUCUCCACUUCCGGAGGGAGAUGAGGUAUCAGGCAGUGCCUCUCCCCACAGGGUGAUUUGUUCCUCCCCACCUCCCUUGCCUAUUGCACCCCCAGAAUGUGGUGUCCCUAGUCUGACACCAAUCCCUGAGGGUGAAGAAAUGGCAACGCCUUCAACUACCAUCUCAGAAAAGAGCACCCCGACUUCUGAUGUUGUUACCCCUUCUCCCUCCUCCCCUCUUGCCAAAAUCUCUGCUUGUACAUCAGCAAAUUCUAUAUCCCCAGAGAGUGUUCCUUGCGCUGAUUCUCCCCGCAUAAUAUCCCCAGAAUUGACAGUUACACCUUCCCAGGACAUUGCUCCCAGUCCUGUAUCAUCAUCUUCUGCUCCCUCAGAACAUGUUAACACUGGUGAAUCUGUAGAUCAGACUGCCCCAACCCUCUCAAGUGUUAGUGAUCCUAUUUACACUAGUUACAGUUCUGUAACUUCCACAACAUAUAGUUUAGUAGAUCCUAAUUUACAGACUGAUGUAAAUAUUCAGCAGCCUUCCGAGUCCUCUCCUUCAGUAGAUGAGAAAGAAGGGGCUGAAGUUUUACAACAUUCUGAUAAUGUAUCAUGUGAUUCUGUUACUGCAAAUGAUACUUUAGAAUCUGUGCUUGAAGCUUCUCCUUCAUGUGGACCCUGUAGUUCAUCACCUCAGCCAUCAGCAAAUUCAACUACUUCUCAUGCACAUCCAGAUGCAGAACCAUCACCAUCAUCACCAAAUUCUCACUUGAACUCUCCAGGCUUAUUAGAUCCUUCUGAGAAACCCACAGCACCUGACACCCAGCACAUUACUGAGCCUGUGAAUUCAGACUCCCAAACAGUUUCAAGUGCACCUACAGUUUCAGCACUGCAAAGUGAGAAAAAGUCUGAAAAGAGCUCUAAGGAAAAAACUGUUAGAUUUAAUAUAGAUGAUGAAUGCAAAUUGUGCGACCAGAGUAUCAGUGAUAGCUCUGAUGACUCAUUACCUCUUCCAAGUGAGCUUGAUUCAGAUGCAUCCAUUGACAGUAAAGAAACUGUAGACACUGUAGUCACAGACACACAAAUGAAAUGUGAGGAAGAGCAUGUAGAAAACCAUACAAAUAUCACCUCUUCUACCCUAUCUCCUUCCCAGGCCCAGACUGAGUCAACGUCCUCAGAAUCGGAUAUAGACAUCAAGGUUGCCACAAAUGUCCCUGUAACCUCUGCUAACAUCCCCACAACCCCUCAAUCCACUAUGGACACUAAAGUACCGGAGACCAUGGAAACGAGUUCUCAAAGUCCUGAUGAAACUUUUGAAGCCCUUCCCAUUUCCUCUAAAGAUACUGUUGACAGUGUGGAAACAAAAGCAGAAAUGCUUGAAACCCAUGUCAUUGAGCCAAAUGCUGUUAUUGCUAAAUUUGUUCCAACUCAAACCCAAAUGGAAGUUGAAGCAGAAAAUAAUGUGCAACCUGAAUCUAGCCAGCAGUAUACAGAUCUCUUGGAGUCCCACUACAGUACUCUGGACUACAGUAGCGACUCAGUUGCUUCAACUGGCUCACAUCCUGACCCGUAUAAGAAAUUGGCUGAACUGGAGGAGGAAAUGAUGAGGCAUGACCAGGACAUGCUUCAACGUGCAGGCAAGCUGGCACCAGCCUCUACAACCAGCACUGAUGCCCAGCCUGCCCAUAUCCCUCCCCCUACCAUGUAUGCCUCCCAAGAAGGAGGACCUGUGCCUUCACCACAGGCACCUCAGACAGCUGAAAACAACAGCUACAACAAUUACCAGCCACCAGCACCACAGCUUCCCAUCCAGGAAUUCUACACAGCCCCCACGUACGAGCCAACACCGCCCAGCAGCCUGGCACCAGCUGAGGGAGUGGCCAGUCCAGGACAGAAAGCAGUGUCUACCCCUGCUGGAUCACCCUCUCAGUACAGCACACUGGCCUCUCCCCACCCGUUCACCCGGUCACACUCCCAGUCCAGCAUUGGGGCUCCACCCAUUCACCCUCCUCUUCAGGGUAUCAGGUCAUCCCCCACAGGCUCUCCCCGUGAUCCUGUUCCAGAGCCCCUUCCCAGGAAGAAGAAGUUGCCACCACCUCCUCCCAACAAGCCCCACCAAAUUCCUGGAGAUUCUGCAGAACGUUCUGAAGCAAUAAGAUUGAGCCGAAUGCCCACAAGCAACCCCACCAGUGUCUCACCCCAGCAGCAGGAAAACCAAGGAGAGGCUGUUUCCCCAUCAGGUCAGCAGAUGUCCAAACAGACUCUCCUAGCGCUCUCUGCCAUCCCCAAGCCUCGCCUCACAGACAAUGAAAGCUGGAUCACCAAGAAGAAACCAGAGUCACAAAGAAGAGAUUACAGUAAACAUUGGCUUCACCAGGAGGCAGAACAGAGAAGACUGGAGCAGCAGGACAGAGUCAACCGCCAGCAACAGACACGUGCACCAGCAGCAAAGACUCUGCCACCUCAGUCAGUCUCCCCUCAGCAUCCACCACACCCACAGACCACCAGCUACCUUCCUACUUACCCACCUCAGAAUGCAAGUCCUACCUACUCCAGCUACCCUCAAGCCCUCAAGAACCCAUCACCAGUCCACAGCAAUAACAACAACAACAAUAACAACAUGUGGAGAAAUCAAGCCACAACAUAUCAGCCUCACAUGCCCACACAGGCCCCCAAUGGUGACAAAGCUCUUCCAGACUCCAUUAUCCACAACAUAACACAGAGAGUCAAUAAUAAAAACAGCAAGAAUACCUACUCCAAUACUAACGGAAGACUAGGAAACACCUAUGGCAAUAACAACUACCGUGAUGAGAAUUAUCACGACUACAUGAAUGCCGAUGCCUUAAGUGCUCCCUCCACCCACACUCCCCUCUACCAGUCUGGCAUGGGGCAAAGCCAGCAGCCUCCAUUCAACUCUCAGUCACAGGACCAUUCGAGUGGACAAGAUCAGAGGCUGCUCAGUGUCUCGGGGAAAAAGAAGUGUUCGCAUUGCUCAGAGGAACUGGGUCGAGGAGCUGCAAUGAUCAUUGAGAGUUUGCGACUCUUCUAUCAUAUUCCUUGCUUCAAGUGUUGUGUGUGUGGCAUACAAUUAGGCAAUGGGUCAGCAGGUGCUGAUGUGCGAGUACGCAAUCACAAGCUGCACUGCCAUAACUGUUACUCAAACGAUGAAGGAAUGAAAUUCAGCAAGGUAUAGUUCUGAGCUAGGAAAAAAAAAAAGGAAAAUAAAGAAAAGAAAAGCAAAGUUGUCUCUGGUGCCAAAACUUUGGUUCAUGUCGUGAGUUUAGUACUUCAAGGCAUGUCUCAAGGAAUUAUUAUAUGGAUUACAUUAGUUUGUUUUUUUGUGUGUAUUUUAAUUUAGGUGAUUCAUAGUUUAGUAUCAAUUGUAUAGUUUUAUCCCCAUUUUUUAUCAUAUGUUUGCUAAUAUCUAUUUUUUUUUCUUUUGUUUUAUUAUUUUUUUUUAAUGUUAUGUACAAUUGUGUUAAUAUAACAACCAGACUGUGUUGAUGUGUAUAUGAAAGGUGAAAAUCUGUAGAUCCUGUGAAUGGUUGAGACUUAGUAAGAUCUAGUUGCAGAUAGAUCUUGUAAAAGUUUAUUAAGGCUUUUUGUUGAUACAUAGUUAUAUGUAGGCAGCUAGAAAUUCUACUUAAUUUAUAAAAAAAAGAACAAUUUGCACAAUCAAAUGAAUAUUAUGUUAAACAUUAAUAACUUGUAAAUUAUAUAUUGUAAAUAUUAGUUUAGUCAUAAAACAGUCAUUAUGAGUAGGAAGAAUAACUGCCAGGUGAUUUUUUUUUUUUUACAAAUUAAUAAUUAUUAUAACUGAAGGGUUCUUUAUAAAUGAAUCUUGUAUAUUGAUUAUGUAAGCUUGUAAUUAAAGCAAGUACUUUUCA